CGCCUUUCGCCCCGGGUGUCUGAGAGGAGAAAGAUGCAUCGACUCCGCUCACGGGCCUCCACGGGGAUUUCUGCCUUCACCGCCGGUUCGUCCUCCGCCUGCUUCCGCCAAUCACCUCCGCUGCCCCGGUCAGGGAAGUCAGCCUCGCAGAGGCGUUGGAAUAAAAAGCGCUCUUGCUCUUCCAUCGGCUGAUUGUCGCUGAUUCCCGGGCCGGGGGGAGCAGAGAGACCGAGACCCGGAGAGGGGCCGCGGAAGCCGAGCCGAGUGCCGCUGCGACCAUGCCCAAGCCUAAGAAGCGCGGGAGCAACCACCAGCGCGGAGCCGGUGGUCAGCCCAGAAAUGUGCAGCCUUUUAGUGAUGAAGAUGCUUCAAUAGAAACUAUGAGCCACUGCAGUGGCUUCAGUGAUCCUGCUAGCUUCACUGAGGAUGGGCCUGAAGUUGAUGAAGAAGCCACUCAAGAAGACUUAGAAUACAAAUUGAAAGGAUUUAUUGAUCUUACAUUGGACAAGAGUGCAAAGACAAGACAAGCAGCUCUUGAAAGUCUGAAAAGUGCUUUUUCCUCUAAAAUACUCUAUGAAUUUAUCAUGGAAAGGAGAAUGACACUAACUGAUAGCAUUGAACGCUGCAUAAAGAAAGGUAAGAGUGAUGAACAGCGUGCAGCGGCCGGACUGGCGUGUCUUCUGUGUGUGCAGAUGGGGUCAGGAAUUGAAAGUGAAGAGAUUUUUAAGACCCUUGGUCCAGUUCUGAAGAAGAUUGUCUGUGAUGGAACAGCCAGUAUCCAAGCCAGACAGGCUUGUGCAACCUGUUUAGGAAUUUGCUGUUUCAUUGUCACUGAUGACAUUACGGAACUGUACUCUACUAUGGAAUGCCUGGAGAAUAUCUUCACAAAGGCCUAUCAGCGAGAUAGAGACACUAAUGGUGUACCGAGUACCCAUAAUACUGUGCUUCACAUCAGUGCUCUCUUGGCAUGGACACUGUUGUUGACCAUUUGUCCAGUGAAUGAAGUGAAGAAAAAAAUUGAAAUGCACUUGCAUAAACUGCCAAGUCUGCUGUCUUGUGAUGAUCUCAACAUGAGAAUAGCUGCUGGAGAAACACUAGCCCUUCUGUUUGAACUGGCACGUGAAACAGACGCUGAUUUCUUUUAUGAAGAUAUGGAACUUCUAACAGAGAAACUAAGAGCUCUGGCUACUGAUGGAAACAAGCACCGAGCCAAAGUAGAUAAAAGAAAGCAGCGAUCAGUCUUCAGAGACAUCCUACGAGCUGUUGAGGAGCGUGACUUUCCUACAGAGAUGGUAAAGUUUGGACCGGAGCGCAUGUAUAUUGACUGCUGGGUUAAAAAACAAACCUAUGAUACCUUCAAGGAGAUUCUGGGGUCAGGGAUGCAGUAUCACUUGCAGUCAAAUGACUUUCUUCGGAAUGUGUUUGAGCUUGGCCCACCAGUGAUGCUAGAUGCUGCAACUCUUAAAACAAUGAAGAUAUCCCGUUUUGAAAGGCACUUGUACAACUCUGCAGCGUUCAAGGCUCGGACAAAGGCUAGAAGUAAAUGUCGUGAUAAAAGAGCAGAUGUGGGGGAAUUUUUCUAGAUCUUUUUUUCCAUGGGGUUCAAUUUUAAUAAUUAAAACAGAUUUGUAAUCUUUAAUUUUUAAAUUUCUGUAGUAAGUUUGCACUUGUGCACAGGGAUGUUGUAUAGAGUCUGUAAAUACAAUGCAUGUUGUUGCUUAGUUGUAUACUCUCUGUAUAUAUAUAGUUAAAAGAUUGGCUGCAGGUAUACCUUGUAACACUUAAAGAUGCAACUUUCUCCAGAGGUCAAGUAUUGUAACUGAAUUGUUGAGUGGGCUGGAUAACUGUAGUCAAAUGCUGUGUGUCAGAUUGGAUUCCUAACUUUAUAUAAGGUAUAUUACAUUAAGUCAUUGACUAAGUGUUUUAAAAAUAUGAACUUGUUGAUGUGAAAUUAUUUCAGCAACUUUUUAAACUCUUCAAUGGCAAUUGGACAAAAAUUUCUGGAAGGAGACUGAAGUUCAGUUACCUUCACUUACAGUGAAGUAGUGAAUGGCAGAUACUUGCCUCAAUGUAAAAAAAAUAUUCUUGUGUUCUGGAAUUGGAUGUUUAAUUUUUUGAAUAAAUAUGAUUCUCACUGCU